AUGGGAGUGACAUUCACCAAGCUCUUCAGUAGGCUUUUUGCCAAGAAGGAGAUGCAUAUCAUGAUGGUUGGUCUUGAUGCAUCUGGUAAGACAACCAUAUUGUACAAGCUCAAGUUGGGAUGGUGGCCAAGACAAGAUCCGUCCAUUGUGGAGGCACUAUUUCCAGAACACGCAAGGUCUCAUCUUGUUGUUGAUAGCAAUGAUAGAGAUCGUAUUGUGGAGGCAAGAGAUGAAUUGCAUAGGAUGUUGAAUGAAGAUGAGCUCCGUGAUGUUGUGCUGCUUGUAUUUGCUAACAAAAAAAAUCUUCCAAAUGCAAUGAAUGAUGCUGGACUCCACGGGGUUCCCAUAUUAUUAAAAAUUCGACACGUCUCAUGGAUUGAGAACUGUGAGACAGUCACACACAAGUUUUUGCCAAAAAUUAAAAGUGCAAGUAAUGAAAUGUCUAAAGUAAAACAAUUAAUCUAA